AAGUCUUUCAACAAGGGUUAUAAAUAAUAAGCAACGAUGCAAAAAUUGAAUUUUAGAAAAUAGAUAAGUCUCUUUAAAAAAUGAUUUCAAAACAGUAAUAUCUAUUCAAUUUAACAAAUAUGUACUGAAUAGUGUUAUGUACCAGAAACAAACAAUGGUUUGGAACAAACUAUAUCACUACGAACGACAACUCGACCUAGAAUGUUACUCACAAUUAAUGAUAAUGUAAACAAACAUCAAUUCACCAAAAAUUAUAAUAUGUAGCAAUUUACACCAAUCAGAAUGCUGUAGUAAAGAUCAUCAGGAAAUUAAUCUAAUUUGCCGUCCGGAGAUGCCGAUAAGUGAUAUCUUACAAAAUCAUGUUUUCAGUGGACGUGAUGAACUGUCCUUGCCAAAAUUAUAAAUAAUUCAGUUCAAUUUAUAGAUCAGAGAAGGAUGAAGAUUACAAAGAGGUUUACACAGGAUAAGCAGCAAUUGAUGACGAAGCCAUUGAUACAGAAGCUGUUAUAUUUAGCUCUAUGUAUCCUGUUACUGUAUCAAAUUUACGUUCUUGUCAGACAGCUGUUUGAUAGAUCCACGGUAACAAACUUACCAGUACCUUUCUACAAGAGAGAAAAUUUAGCAAUACAUGUUGAUAGAGUAACUAAGAAAAAGAAAGGGUCGAUAUGUCCUAUUUUACAAGGUGGACUCGGAAAUAGAUUGUUUCAAUUUUCUACCUCGUUUGCUGCUGCAAGAACUAAACAAAUGGAACUUAUCGUACCUCCCGAUGCUGAAAUCCGAAAAGUGUUUGCAAUUAAUGUAACAUCCGAUAAACCAAAAAGAUCAUGUAAGGGGUUUCGAAAAGUUUUAGAUAAAGCAUCUCCAACAUACAACAAAAGUCUACUUAGUUUUAGUUCUGAAGAUAACGUUCAACUAGGAUAUGGACUUCAGUCGUGGAAAUAUUUUCACAUGUAUGAUACGGAGCUACGUAGGCAAUUAACAUUUCAAAAGCAUAUUCAAAUAAAUGCAGAACAGACAAUUGAGAAGAUAUUACAAAGACGAAAAAUUAAGUAUCGAAAGAGUAUUACUUUGGUAGGUGUUCAUAUACGGAGAGGUGAUAAGGUACAAAACAAUGACGGAUUUAAAAUCGCUACACCUGAGUUUUUGAACCGAUCUGUGAACUAUUACGUUAAAAUGUACGCUACUGUUUUAUUUCUAGUUAUAUCAGAUGGUAUGGAUUGGUCUAAAAAAUAUAUGCCCACUCAUGUUCCUGUAGAAUUUAUAUCCUUAGGUAAACGUGAAUUUGAUAUGGCAACUGUCGUUGCUUGUGACCAUACGAUCAUGACAAUAGGAACUUUUGGCUGGUGGAUUGGUUAUUUAACUGGUGGUAAAGUGGUUUACGUUAAAGAUGUUGCUAAAAAGGGUUCACGAUUUGAACGCAUACUUAGUUUUCAAGACCAUUUCUAUCCACAAUGGAUAGGACUUUAAGCAAUUAAUUUUUUACAAAUUU